AUGAAUUCGAUUCUUAAAAGAGGGGAUAUAUAAAGUAUUUAAGAAAUAUGAGUUCUAGAUAAAAGCAAACCAAAGAUCUCUAAUAACACUGGAUUACCUCCACUUCUUUCUCCAAGAAUACAAAUUGAUCCCUCCAUGACUACAAAAAUUCCAUUAACCUUUCGAUCACCUUCUACAUUGAAAAAGUUAUCCAUUGAGAAGAAAGAAGAUAAUAGACCAGUUACAGAUAAUUCAUAAAAAUAGAAAAGCUAUUCAUCAGUAAAAAAAUCAAAAGUUUAAGGAAUGAUAAUUAGGAAACUCUAUAAUCAUCAAGUCAAAUUUGUUAAAUCAAAUACAGAAUCUUAAGAAAUGAAUAAAUUUUAAAGUCCAGCUAUUAGGAUGAUUGAAUUUCCAAUUAAUGGUAUUAAAUAAUAUUAUCAAAGACUUUCAGGAUGAUACCAUUAUAAAGGAAGAGGCUGCAUCACAAAUCGAAUCAUUUAUGGAAAAUAGAUUUAUUGCAAUGAAGAAUUAAUCCUUCUCUAGUUCUUAAAAAUAAGCUAUAGAAUCUAGUAGUUCAAAUAAAUUUGUUAAUGAUUCAUCUACAUAUUCAUAAUUCAAUUUUUCUACUUAAAAUCCAAGCUUUACUGAAGGAGAGAUGAUAGGUGCAGGAUCUUUUGGAUAAGUGUACAUAGCAUAAGAAAAUAAAACAGGCAAAAUCUAUGCUGUUAAGAAAAUUAACCUAAAGGGAGAUUUUGAAUAGGAGGAUUUAUAAGGAUUAAAAAGUGAAAUCGAUUUAUUAAAAAGAAUAAAACACAAGAAUAUAAUUAGAUAUGCUUGGAGUUAAUAAAAUGAAGAAUAUUGGUUACUCUAUUUAGAGUAUAUGUCUUAAGGUUAAUAUUCAUAAUAAUAUUAGGAACUUUAACCUAAUUGACUGAAAAGUUUGGUCCUCUCAAUAUAAACAUAGUUCGUACAUAUUCUGAAUAAUUGUUAUUGGCAAUUGCUUAUCUACAUGAUAAUAAUAUAAUUCAUAGAGACAUAAAAGGAGGCAAUGUAUUAUUAGGAGUGAAUGGUGAAGUGAAAUUAGGAGAUUUUGGAUGUAGUAAAAUAAAAGAGAAGACUAUAUCAAGAUCUAAGCAAGGGAGAGAAAUAUUAUAUUCAUUAAAAGGAAGCAUUCCAUAUAUGGCACCUGAAGUAUGAAAAUAUCUUAAUUCUAAAGGUAGCUACUUAAGAUGAAAAUUGUAGAGCAAGUGAUAUUUGGUCUUUUGGUUGUACUGUUCUUGAGAUGGCAACAGCAAAAAAACCUUGGCAUGAACAUAAUUUCGAUAAUCCUUUAAGUGCUUUACUUUUAAUAAUUUCUGAUAAUGCUCUACCAAGGAUACCUGAAGAUUUAGAUGAAAUUCUUAGUUAGUUUAUUAGAUUAUGUUUAUAAAGGGAUCACAAAUUAAGACCUACUGCUUAAGAACUACUUUAGCACAAAUUCAUAAUAAAUAAAUGA